GCCUUUGUGUGCCCCUUGUUUUCUUGCGGCAGACUCUUCAAACGGAUGGAACAUCUGAAGCGUCAUCUGCGCACUCACACCAUGGAAAAGCCGUAUCAAUGCCAUCUGUGCCAGAAGCAUUUUUCCAGAUCUGACAACCUGAAUCAACAU